AUGGGCUAUAGGACAGGGGUAGACGAGGAAGCUGUCCCUGGAGGAAGUGGGGAGAAACCCCAGAACCGCCUGGUGGGGGCGGCCAGCUGCGCGUGUUCCAGCCACAGUGCCGGCUUCCCUCAGAGCAGCGCGUCAGGCCGCGGUCUCAGGAAAUAUUGGGGAAGUGCUGGAGGUUGGUGGGCGGUGGGGAGGCCUGAAUUUCAGGAUCAGCGAGUGGGCAGUUGUCAGACUCAGGAAGAUAGAGCGGAAGUGCACACCCCCCUCCCGGUGGUGGCCCAGCAACUGGAGCCACCAGGACCCCGUUCCCCUCCGUCCCAGCCCCCACGUCCCACUCACCAGCUGCAGCCACCGAGCAGGGCUGAUAUGAGCAGGCCUUCUCUCCAGAAAGGACCCCGGGGUCUGAGGGAAGUUUUCUCCAGUGCUUUGUUGUGA